ACCCCGCCCUCUGAGUGAAGACCCCGCCCAUGCCAACAGGAAGACAACAGACGUCUGAGACGAUGCUAGUCUGCUCUUCUCGGCACUAAUAAUUACAGAUAUUAUUUUCACCCCAACGCCGAACACAUCGGUAAAAUGCCAAUAUUUGAUGGGCUGGGAAGUGGAGGAGAGAAGACUGCCAUUGUCAUUGAUUUAGGAGCAGCAUACACAAAAUGUGGCUUUGCAGGGGAAACGGGGCCCAGGUUCAUAAUACCGAGCGAGAUCCGCAAACCGGGGCAGCAGCAGGCCACCAAAGUGGUCCAGUACAACAUCAACACAGAAGAGCUUUAUGUCAUCCUCAAAGAGUUUAUCCAUAUGCUGUACUUCAGGCACCUGUUGGUGAACCCUCGCGACAGAAGAGUGGUCAUCAUCGAGUCCAUCCUCUGCCCAUCCCACUUCAGAGAGACACUCACCAAAGUUUUCUUCAAACAGUUUGAGGUCCCCUCUGUGCUUUUUGCUCCAAGUCACCUCAUGGCCGUCAUGACUUUGGGUAUCAACUCUGCGCUGGUGAUGGACUGUGGACACACGGAAACACUGGUGCUGCCUGUAUAUGAGUGUACUCCUAUUCUCCCAGCUUGGGAGGCUUUGCCUCUGGGAGGAAAGGCCAUCCAUAAGGAGUUAAAUGGACUCCUCGUGGAACAGUGCACCGUGGACACAGACACCACCACAGGGCAGAAUGUACCGGCUGUCAUUGGAACAAUUCCAGAAGAAAUUGUGGAGGAUAUUAAGGUCAGAACCUGCUUUGUCAGUGACCUGCAGAGAGGCCUCAAGAUCCAGGAAGCCAAAUUUAACCUGGACGGCACGGCGGAGCGUCCAGCUCCUCCUCCAGAUGUCGACUACCCUCUGGAUGGGGAGAAAAUCCUCCAUGUCAAAGGAUCCAUCAGGGACUCUGUGAUGGAGAUGCUGUUUGAACAGGACAAUGAAGAGAAGAGUGUGGCCUCUCUGAUACUGGACACUCUGGUCAAGUGCCCCAUUGACACUCGUAAAGUGCUCUCCGAGAACCUGGUGGUGAUCGGAGGCACGGCCAUGCUGCCCGGCUUCCUGCACCGCCUGCUGGCAGAGAUACGCCUCCUGGUGGAGAAACCCAAGUACAGCAACGUGCUGGCCAGCAAGAGCUUUCGCAUCCACGCUCCGCCUGCCAAGCCCAACUGCACUGCCUGGCUCGGAGGUGCCAUUUUUGGGGCUCUGCAGGACAUCCUAGGGAGCAGGUCGGUGUCUCGGGACUACUACAACCAGACCGGUCGCAUCCCGGACUGGUGCUGCUUGAGCUCACCUCCACCUGAAUCUCUGUACGAAGCAGGAAAGACCCCUCCUCCUCUAAUGAAGAGAGCCUUCUCCACAGAGAAAUAGACUAUACUGUAACAUAAUUAAAACAAUGUACUCCAGUUCACCAGUUCAAGGUCAGGUUAAUGCGUAAAAACACAAACAGCUUAAGACGCCUUUAUGUUGAGUUGUCAACCUUAAGUUUGAUGUGCAGAUUUCAGACCGACAGAGACUGGCCGGUUCAUUACAGUGUUUAAAUUGGAAACAGUUCCUGUUGCUAUGUGCGUCCCUGUCGCCUGUUGUAAUCUCAUUGAGCAACACCCUGAAUCUGUACGUGCUUCCACUCAAAUUCUUUUUUGUUUUGUCUGCGUGUAAACUGAAAAACAGCGCUCAGCAAAAAAGUGGAAAUUCGUCAGCAUACAUACAGAUGGUGUUGCUACAUGCUGGAGUAAACAGACUUUAUGUCACUGUAAUGUAUAAUGAAACUUUGACUCAGUUUUCAAAGAGUCUUUCAAGAGAAAGCUACCAUUUAUUUAUUGUUUGUACCCCCCCCCCCCCCACUCACACAGGCAUUCUGAGUGUUUCCUAAUUAACAUCUUCUCUGGUUUAAGUUACACCUGAGAAAACAAAUAAGGUGUAAGUUGUCCUGCCCUAACAGUUGCAUUUAGAGAGGAGAUUUAUUAUUAUUUUGUAAUCGUGCGUGUGCACACCCACACAAUACAUGUUAUGUAGGGACGUUUAAAACAAAUACAUGCAUCCGUUCUCUGUAACAAUCAUCACCACUAAUAAAUAUUCUUUUUGAAUCAGA